AUGGGAAUUGAUGAAGAGAUCAUUUUCCGCAGCAAAUACAGUGACGUGGAGGUUCCUGGCGACUUAACUCUCCCGGAGUUUGUACUUGAAGAUGUGGAGUCAUAUUAUGAGAAUGUGGCGUUUGUAGAUGCCAUCACUGGCAAAGGGUACACAUACCGGCAAGUGAAGAGGGAUGUCCACCGGUUUUCCAAGGCGUUGAGGUCCCUUGGGCUGAGGAAAGGCCAAGUCGUGGUGGUUCUCCUCCCCAAUGUUGCCGAGUAUGCCACUGUUGCUCUCGGGAUCAUGGCGGCAGCCGGGGUUUUCUCCGGAGCCAACCCUAAUGGUCACGCUUCCGAAAUCCAGAAGCAAGUCGAGGCAGCUGAUGCUAAGCUCAUUGUUACUGAUGGAUCUACCUACCACAAGGUGAAAGAUUUGAAUUUGCCGGUGAUAAUACAAGGCGAAGAUCGAGUGGAGGGAACAAUACACUGGGACGAAUUACUGGAUGCAGCUGAAAAGGCAAGUACCGCGUUUAUUGAUGAAAAAGUCCAACAGAAUGAUCUCUGCGCACUUCCCUUCUCAUCAGGUACGACGGGUUUGUCGAAGGGCGUGAUGCUAACUCACCGGAACCUGGUGGCCAACCUGUGCUCGAGCCUCUUCAGCGUGGGCCCGGAAUUAAUUGGGCAGGUGACUAUAUUGGGGCUCAUCCCCUUUUUCCACAUUUACGGGCUGACGGGGAUUUGCUGUGCCAGCAUUAGGAACAAGGGAAAGGUUGUUGUGAUGCAGAGAUAUGAGCUGCGCUUGUUUAUGAACGCCAUGAUUGGGCAUCAGGUCACCUUCGCCCCAAUCGUGCCACCAAUCAUAUUGGCGCUCGUCAAAAACCCAAUUGUCGACGAGUUUGACCUCACCAAACUCAACCUCAAGUCCAUUAUGACUGCAGCAGCUCCACUCGCCCCCGAAAUUCUAUACGAGUUUGAAAAAAAAUUUCCUGGGGUUGAGGUCCAAGAGGCAUAUGGAAUGACGGAACAUAGCUGCAUUACGCUAAGUCACGCGGAUCCAAGCAAAGGGCAUAGCAUUGCGAAGAAGAAUUCUGUGGGUUUUAUCCUUCCAAAUUUGGAAGUCAAAUUCGUCGACCCUGACACCGGCAUUUCACUUCCAGACAACACUCCAGGUGAAAUCUGUGUUAGAAGCCAGUGUGUGAUGAAAGGGUAUUACAAGAAUGAACAUGAGACCAAUCUGACUAUUGACAAAGAGGGGUGGCUCCACACAGGGGAUAUUGGCUACAUAGACGAGGAUGGCGAUGUUUUCCUCGUUGAUCGAAUCAAAGAGUUAAUCAAAUACAAAGGUUUUCAGGUUGCUCCAGCUGAAUUGGAAGCCAUACUUCUGACUCAUCCUUCAGUUGAGGAUGCUGCUGUUGUGGGGCUGCCUGAUGAAGAAGCUGGAGAGAUACCAGCUGCGUGUGUGGUGAUGAGCAAAAAUGCGAAAGAAAGCGAACAAGACAUGAUCAAUUAUGUGUCAUCUAACGUUGCCAGUUACAAAAGAGUGAGAUUGUUGCGAUUUGUGGACACCAUUCCAAAAUCGCCUUCGGGGAAGAUAAUGAGGAGAUUGAUUAAGGAAACUAUGCUCAAUUCGAAACCCGCCAUUGAACUAAGUUCAGUUUAA